UUCUAUCGUCACUUCCUGUGUCAGGAGACCACUAGAGGAAGGUUUCACCAUGGAGAUAAAGUGACCUCCUCGCCUCUGUGUGCUACGAGGUCGCGCCAGUCUGUUUAUACAGAAGACCUGAGAUCAGCGGGAUAACAUCGCUGUUCCGCGUUAAGAGGGUGGUGCAGUUGCCCUCAAGUGAUAUGCCGGCGGGGUUUCCAAAACAGUGUCGAAGAAGGGUAACGUCGUUGCGAAUAGAAGGAAGGAGGAUGUGCCCUUAGUUGACAUGGCGGCGAGGCCUUCAAAGCAGGCUUUUCCAGUUCAACGCUGCAGCUAAGCUCACGUUGAUUGGCGACAGGGGAACCACAAGCUGGCGAGGUUAGGGAACGCGGGGCAUGGCCGAAGGUGAGCACGAGGAAGGGGUCUUGUCACUGGUUGAGAGGAACAGGUGGGCCUUUGUAGGACCAAGAAGAUGUGGGGUGGUGGAAGAUACAGCUAAUGCCAUGGCCACAGGUGCAGACAUCAUCGCUGAUGACAGCGAGAGUAGCAGGAACGCCACACUGGAGAGAUGCCUCAAUGUGCUGAGAGAUGCAAGAAAUGAUAGUGAACAGUUUGCUGCUCUUCUUCUGAUAACCAAAGUGGCUAAAGCUGGAGAGAUAGAUUCUAAAACCCGUCGGAGAAUCUUUGAUGCAGUUGGUUUCACGUUCCCAAAUCGACUUCUGAUUUCCAAGGAUCCCCCCGAGGGUGUCCCUGGGCACACGUUCCAAGCCCUUGGCCUUACCCUGUUGGCAUGUUUUUGCACUAAUCCUGAUUUAGCUGAGCAUCCUCAGGUUCUUAACAAGAUCCCAACUUUCAACAGUGUGAUUGCUGCAUGUGAUUCAGGCAAUGCUUCUUGUGGUUCCAUGAUCAAUGAUGUUUACCAGUGCCUUGGUGCUAUUCUGGCCACUCCCAAGGGACCGAGAGAGCUGGUGAACAGGGGUGCUCUAGUAGCACUGUGCCAGGCUUAUGUGAACCACAGCUACGGUUAUGAUCAGGCUCUUCAACUGCUGGUGGGGCUUCUGACAUCAGCGGAAGCAAAGUGCUGGCUGAGAGCCCCUUCUGCCCUUAUGGGAGUACUUGACGCGCUCAGUGCAGAGUUCCAGAAGGCCGAAGAUGUGACUAAAUUCCAGCUGUGUGAAGCACUGCGCCAUUUCGUUCCUCCCCUUCUCCUGCCAGGCUCUGAGUGCCUGCAGUCCCUCUACCAAGGCUUGUCAAGCAUCCUCUCCAGCAAGCUGAGUGCCUCCCAGAGGGAUCCAGCGUUGAAACUGGCAGCCUGUCUGACUCAAGCCUAUGGCUCAGGGUGGAUCCCUACAGGGAGGUCUGGCAGCAAGUUCUUUGCAUUGCUGGCCAACCUGGCAUGCGUGGAGGUCCGUAUGUCUCUGGAAUACCUUGACUUGGCAGCCAUUGAUGAGAAGCAGGAGCUGGUGGCAACUUGCUAUGUCCUGAUGGAGCAUGCAAUUCUGGAGUGCACAAGAGAGGAGGAGUCUUUGCUGCAGGAAGAGCAAAAAGUGCAGCUGGUGGGGAUCCUGGAAGAAGCCUUUGGGGCUGUUGUAUACUACCUGAGUCAGGCAGGAUGGGAGAAGCUGACGGAUCCCUUUGUCUUUGCCUCCAUUCGAAUCCUAGGAGCCUGGCUGGCAGAAGAGACUUCUUCCCUGAAGCAGGAGAUCUGUGACCUCCUUCCUUUUCUCCUGCACUAUGCCAAGCUGCAGUUUGAGAUGGGGAAGAAAGUCAGAAGUAGCUUGCAGAAUCCUGAGUCUGGUGACGGCCAGGAACCUGCUUGGCAAGGGGAUGCUCUGAGGUUUCUGUUGCCUGGUUUAAGCCACUUAACAGCAGAGGAUCAGCCCCGUGCCAUCCUGAUUUCAGAGGGUGCACCACUUCUCCUGUGCAACUAUUUCUCACACCAGUGGGAGCUAUUCAUUUCGGACUCAGAAAUCCCGUUUGCAUCGGAUGCUGUAGAAUCCACUCUGCAAACAGCUUGUGCGAUCUUUCUGAAUUUUGUUGUGGCUGUUCCAGAGCUGAUCAGUCGUGAAGAUUGUUUCGCAGUCUUGAUGGAAGAGUUGCUGAAGUCUCUUCCCUCUUUGCGGCCACAAGGAGAACACCUCAGCCUCGUGGCCGGCAUGACAGCACUGGGGCUCAUGAUGGCCAGGAAGCAGACUGCUCACCCAGGUCUCCAAAAGACUCCGGAAGCUGAGGGAUUCUUCUCUGCCGCCAUUACUUUCCUGGCAAAAGCACACGUGGCCCAACCCGACACUGUCAGUGAAAGCGUGGUGCUGCAACUUUCUCCAGCUUACGAGGCAGCAUGGCCAAACAUCGGUGAAUUGUGGCUUCUGGGGAUGCAGGCCUUUGCCAGCUGUGUGCCACUUUUCCGGUGGCUACCAGAGAUCGUCCUACACUCUGUUUGGCUACAGGACCUUUUGGGAUUUCUGGGCUGUGUGUCCCCGACAUCUGUGGACUUGGAGCUGGUCACUGCUUUCCAAGGCGUAUUGGUGGAGCUGGCCACAAGCAGCCACCCGUGCCGAGAAGUGAUUCAGCAGCACCGAGGUGCUGAGCUGGCUAAUCUGUAUGGUAUGGCAGCUUUAGAGCAGUGUCUCAGUCAUCAGUGAGUGGAUUCAGAACAAUAUAAAAAAAUCCUUCUGCCUGCCUCCAUCUGAUUGGCUCUGGCAUGAGUCAUGGUCCGUCUUGUUUCAGUUGUUCUGUUUUGUUCAUACUGCAUAAAAUGCCCAAUAAAGCCCCUUUCCUCUAUCUUA